CUCUUUGAUAAAUUAUCUGAUCUCACCACUCCACUUCUAAAAAGAAGAACCUUUCGAGUUUCAUCUGUAUCUCUAGGCAUACGAUAAGAGGAGCAAUCGGAGUGUCAAGAUGGAGGUAGCUCAACAUAUCAAUAACAUUCAAAAUUACGCUCGGUCAUUGAAAGAUACCAGGUUGUCCAGUCUCAAACACCCAGCAGAGUUUUUCGACUAUCAAAGGGUUUCAAGACCGAAAGAUCAGUCAGAAUUGAUGAAACGAUGGGGAUACAAUUUACGAUACUUUUCCGCAAAUUACGCAGUUUGUGUUGCCCUAUUAGGUGCUUAUGCACUCAUCUCCAACCCUCUUUUAUUGCUCGCAUUGGGAUUCUUGAUCGGAGGGUUUGUUGCUAUUUCACGAUAUGCAACCGAACCUAUCGAAAUAUCCGGUAAAGUCAUCACCCCACAAAACCUCUACAUGGGUCUUUUCAUCAUCGGUCUCCCUCUUCUUUGGUUCGCCGCCCCUAUCUCGACCUUCUUCUGGCUCGUAGGAAGUUCAGGUUGUAUAGUAGGUGCUCAUGCGGCUUUGAUGGAACCUGGGGUUGAAAGUGAGUAUGAAGGUUUAGAAACUGUCUAGGGGAGGAAAGCGGGUUGCUUUUCUCGGAGUAGUUUGGAUACAAUAAUAGUCUUGCUUUUUCCAUACUUGGUUUCUUUAGACAUUGUGCAUUAUAUGACGU